AUGAGCCAUGGCCGGCUCAUGCCAGAUGGACAACUUUACAGACACUACUUUACUGCUAUUUUUGCAAUAGAAGAAAUUAAUCAAAGGAAUGACAUUUUACCCAACAUCACAUUGGGAUAUGAAAUUUAUAAUCCAUUAAACAGUGGUUCUGCAGCAUUAGACGGCACCAUGGCUAUAUUAUCUGGGGAUUCUAAAGUUAUCCCAAACUACUCUUGUGCACAGAGAGGAUUCCUGGCUGGUUUUAUUGGAAGUCUGAGAUUUGAAAGCACCUAUUUAAUGUCUCUACUCACAGGACUGUACCAUUACCCUCAGGUCAGCUAUGGCUCAAUGGAUGUUGUCUUUAAUGACCGAUUACGAUUUCCCUAUCUGUAUCGUACUGUCCCUAAUGAACGCUAUCUACAUCAAGCCAUCGUUCAGUUACUAAAUCACUUUGGCUGGACUUGGGUAGGAAUAUUAGCCACAGAUGAUGACAGCUGCCAACGGGAAAGCCAGGAAAUAAAAAACCUGAUUACCAGCCAUGGGGGCUGUGUAGCCUUUUUAUUGCAAUUCACAAGAGACUUUAAAACAGGUGAUUUAAUGUUAGAGUUGGGGAAGUCAGCUGCCAAUGUUAUUGUAACAACUAGAGGAGUGUCAAAAUAUUUUUUAGGCAUUAUUCUUUUUUACAAAGAAGUGCUACAGCCUGAAAAAGUCUGGUUAUUUCCAUUUAAUGCUCAAUCUUCAACUCUUGUAUUACAUUGGGCUUUUUCAGUUUUAUUAUCAAAGGGUGAGAUAUUUGGAUUAAAGGAAUUCCUCUACAGUGUGAGCCCUUAUAAAUAUCCUCAUGAUAUGGAGCUGAAAUUACUAUGGAAUACUUUAUUUAAUUGUCAACCAAACACUAGUAGUAGUUAUUUUAAUACAUUGAUUCCUAGAUGCAGAGGUGAUGAAACACUUCAGAUUAUUGGCAUGAAGGAUUUCCGCUACACACACAGUAUUUAUGUAGCAGUCUACCUGUUGGCCUCUGCUCUUCAUAAAAUGUUAUCACACAAAACUUCCACUGGAACAAAUUCAGACAAUGAUAUCAUGGAGACGAGACAAUAUUUAUGGCAGAUUAAUGAAUACCUGAGGAAGGCUCAUUUUAAAACAGCAUCUAAUAUGGAUAUUUACUUUACUGAUAAUGGAGAUGUACAAGGUCACUAUGACAUAAUAAACUGGAUCCCAUCUGAAAUCCCAAGUGAACUGACCCCUUAUCAAGUUGGAAGCUUUAACUCCUUAGCUCCUGUGGGCAGACAACUUAUUGUAAAUGACAGUGCAAUCUUUUGGAAUCCUAAACUUAAAACAAUGCCUAAAUCAGUUUGCAAUGAACCCUGUGAACCUGGAUACAGAAAAGCUCCUCAGAAGGGAUUUCAUAGCUGCUGCUAUAUUUGUGUGACGUGUGCAGAGGGAGAGAUCUCCAACACAACAGAUGCAGAAAACUGUAUACAAUGUGCAGAAGAUCGAUGGACAAAUGAUAAGAGAACUAUGUGCAUCCUAAAGACAGUUGAAUUCCUUUCAUUUGAGGACACAUUAGGGAAAGUCCUCAGUUUAGUCUCCAUCUUCUCCUGUACUGUUACUAUUGCUGUUCUUGGGAUCUUCAUAAAGCAUCACACAACACCUUUAGUAAAAGCUAAUAACCAAAACCUCAGCUACACCCUUCUCCUCUCCCUCAUGUUGUCCUUCCUAUGCUCCUUAUUGUUCAUUGGACGUCCUGUGCAGGUGACUUGCCUAAUUAGACAAGCUGCCUUUGGAAUCAUUUUUACUGUUUCUAUAUCUUCUGUGUUGGGAAAAUCAGUCAUUGUUGCCAUUGCCUUCAAUGCCACCAAACCUGGAAGCAAGAUAAAGAAGUGGAUGGGUUCCCGAGUGUCGAUCUGUCUGGUCAUUGUCUGCUCUCAAGGGCAGGUUGUGAUCUGCAUGCUGUGGUUGGCUCUUUACCCACCAUAUCCAGACUAUGACUCUCAGUCUUACAUUGGGAAAAUAAUAUUACAGUGUAACGAGGGCUCUAUCACUGCAUUCUACCUUGUGAUAGGCUACAUAGGAUUCCUUUCUACGGUCAGUUUCAUUGUGGCUUUCUUGGUUAGAAAGUUACCUGCCCGUUUCAAUGAGGCCCAGAUGAUCACAUUCAGCAUGCUGGUGUUCUGCAGUGUUUGGAUCUCUUUCAUCCCAGCGUACCUGAGCACCAAGGGCAAAUAUGUGGUAGCUGUAGAGAUAUUUGCUAUCCUGGCCUCUAGUGCAGGACUGCUGGGCUGUAUAUUCAUUCCCAAGUGCUACAUUAUAUUAUUUAAGACUGAACUGAACACCAGGGUAAAUAUGCUAAGUAAGCAUUGAUUUGUAGGUAUAUUUUGUGGUUGGGAUAUUGGACAUAAACUUGUUGUCAUCUAUUUUUUGUAUGUUAAU